AAACUUCCGGUCGUCCCGCGGCCUUCGUCCAAUCAGCGCUGUACGGGGCUCUGACGCCUCUGGUGCCAUCUUGAGUGAGGGCACGGUUCUCUGAGCCGGGUAGGCUCGCCCAAGGGGCAGCUUCGGACCAAGUGAUGACUAUAAGGAAAGUCUGGGACCCAGAUCUCGGGCCAGAAAGGGGAGCUCAGGCGCCUUCCAGCGCGACACCCAGCGACCCCCGCCCAGGAGGCUUUCACCUCCACCAUGGCUGAGCUGAUCCAAAAGAAGCUGCAGGGAGAAGUGGAGAAAUACCAACAGCUGCAGAAGGACUUGAGUAAAUCCAUGUCAGGGAGGCAGAAGCUUGAGGCACAGCUAACGGAAAAUAAUAUCGUGAAGGAGGAACUGGCCUUGCUGGAUGGAUCCAACGUGGUGUUUAAGCUUCUGGGACCGGUGCUUGUCAGGCAGGAGCUGGGAGAGGCUCGGGCCACGGUGGGGAAGAGGCUAGACUAUAUCACAGCGGAAAUCAAGCGCUAUGAAUCGCAGCUUCGGGACCUUGAGCGGCAGUCAGAGCAACAGAGGGAAACCCUUGCUCAGCUGCAGCAGGAGUUCCAGCGGGCCCAGGCAGCAAAGGCAGGGGCUCCUGGGAAGGCCUGACCCCAUGGGAGGGGGAGGGGAGGGAGGGAUGAGGCUAACCCUGAGCCAAUAAAAUGUAUACAAAACCAACCCUACUU